AUGUCAGAUUCCAACACAAGUGACUUCACCAACCCCUCCACCUUCAUCCUGCAGGGCAUCCCUAGUCUCGAGAGGUCCUACGUCUGGAUCUCUAUCCCCUUUUUUGUCAUGUACGCCAUCGCUAUCUUGGGGAACUUCACCAUCCUGUUCAUCGUGAAGAGGGAGCCGAGCCUCCAUGUGCCCAUGUACUAUUUCCUCUGCAUGAUGGCCGUCACCGACCUGGUCCUGUCUAAAUCCAUCCUGCCCAAAAUGCUGAGCAUCUUCUGGUUCAAUUCCAGGGAGAUCGAUUUCAGUGCCUGCCUCACCCAGAUGUUUUUCAUUCACUGCUUCACAGCGAUAGGAUCCGGGAUCUUCGUGGCCAUGGCUUUUGAUCGCUACGUGGCCAUUUGCCAUCCCCUGCGACAUUCCACCAUCCUGACAAACCCAGUAGUGGCCAAGGUCGGUCUCACGGUGGUCCUACGUGGCAGCAUUCUCACACUCCCACAACCCUUCCUGGCAAGGCAGUGGCCAUAUUGCAGAACCAACAUUAUCCCCCACUCGUACUGUGAACACAUCACCCUGGUGAAGCUGGCCUGCGCCGACAUCCGCAUCAGUAGUUACUACGGCCUUUCUGUAGCUGUCUUGGUGACCAGUCUGGACAUAUUUUUCAUUGCUCUGUCCUAUGCUCUGAUCCUCAGGGCCAUCUUCAGCCUUCCCACCCAGGAGGCCCGGCUCAAGACUUUUGGGACCUGCGGCUCCCACCUCUGUGUCAUUUUAGCUUCUUAUAGCUCAGCUCUUUUUUCCUUCCUCACACAGCGAUUUGGCAGAAAUGUGCCCCUACAUUUCCAUAUUCUCACUGCCAACAUGUACCUCCUGGUUCCUCCCACACUAAACCCCAUCAUUUACGGUGUGAGGACCAAACAGAUCCGGGGCAGGCUGCUCCAGCUCGUAACUCAUAGAGGGAUCUAA